GCAUAUUCACGUCUAAAAGAAAGCCAAACACUUUUUGAAGUCUAUAUCUACUAUAUUUGUAUAUUGCACACCUGCUGACAUUAAUGAAGUAUUCUUGAAAUUGCUGACUCUUGAAAUACCUGGAGUAAUAUACUACAUGUUGUACAACAAAUAUGGCAUGUCUAGAUUAGAUCUUAGAGCUGAAUAUCAUGUAGUAAUUAUUUUUGUUUUCUACAUAGUGAAAUUUCCCAUAUUAAUUCAACUCUAUCAGAGUACAUAUGUCCAAUAGGGACGAAUAAAAGUUAAUUUAAGACUUACCACUUCCAUGUGCAUGAAGUUCAUGACUAUAAUUCACAUAUCACACGCAAACAAGGUUUCUCAAGAAGUUUUACUUUGUUUAGUUAUCAUUCAUAUAAUUAUAUUAAAAUAAUGUAAAAUUAUUUAAGCUUUUAAAUUAUUUAUUUUCCAACCACUGGGGUUUUUGGAGUUUGUAGCCUGCUUUAAGCGAUAUUUAAGUCACAAACGAUUAGGCCCCUUGUACGUAUUUAACAGAAAAGAACACGGAAAAUGAAGUUGGAAUUUCCUUCCUGUCGCACGAUGCGGAGAUGAGACUUGACGCCUGAUGGCAACUCGCAGGCGCCGAGAACUUUCAGACACAGCUUCCCCCCUGAUACAACAAGGAAGAAAUUCUUAACACAGUCGAAACAAAAUAAUGGACGCUUUAAUCAGAGUUAUUACAAUUCUAGCUUUCCUUUUGGAAGCGGAAGGGGGAAACCCGCGCAGUUGCUCCUGUGUUCUGAAGGACUGCUACACUGCAAUUCAGGACCCAAAGGAUUUUAAGACAUCUGCAGAUGUUUGCAGGGACAGAGGGGGACAUUUAAUGACGGUGCGUUCAACGGUGUCCAGUGAUGCCAUCCAUGACUUACUGUUUAAUCUUUUAGAAGACUUCUGGAUCGGACUGCAGCUCCCCGAUGGCCGAUGUAGCAACACUUCGCUUGGAUUGCUGAGGGGUUACGAGUGGACGACGGGAGACACCAGCACAGAUUUUUCCAACUGGAAAACCAACGCCACUACUUGUUCUCCGAUGUGCGUCUCUGUUUCCAGCGACCUAAAAUGGACGGAAAGGCCAUGCCAUGAUAAAAUAGCGGGAUUUAUGUGCGAAAACAACUACCAGAGUACGUGCACGCCUCUGCGCUCGGCAACUAACGAGUCCGUCUUAUAUAGCACACCACUUGGUUUCAAAGGAGAGGGUUUACUUGCGCUCCCACCAGGAAGCGUUGCGACUCAAAUCCCAUCUGGAAUUAAAAAACUGUGCGCGCCUGAUACAGAUGUUUGGUUAGGUGCUCCGUGGGGUUGUGACAUUGAGAACGGUGGCUGCGAAUACCUGUGUCAAAUGAAUGACGGUUUGCCAGAGUGCCUAUGCCAACUUGGCAAAGGACCUCGGGACGGCGUCGCAUGCAGUUGCGCCCCUGGCUUUGAAAUGGUUCGCGGCAAGUGCAUGGAUAUAGACGAAUGCUCUGAUGGAACCUGCGAGCACAUAUGCACCAAUACCCAAGGUGGAUACAACUGUUCUUGUUCAAAAGGAUACAAGCAAAUGAGCACCGACUCACAUAGGUGUGAAUUACACUGUCCGUCGGAAGAAUGCACUGCUGUAUGCGACAAAAAUGAUCCCACAAAGUGCUCGUGUCCAUUUGGAUAUAUACUUGACCAGAGCGAAAAUGGUUCGUUUUGCGUCGAUAUAGACGAAUGUGUCCGUGACAGUAAGGAAUGCGACCAGCAAUGCAAAAACACGUUUGGAAGUUUCAUAUGUUCGUGUGACAGUGGAUUCGACUUGAGAGAUGGGUUCAGGUGUGUCAGGCGUGAUUCCUUAGAAGAUUCCACUCCCACAACUGUAUCGAACGAUUUCGUUAAUUCAUCGUCACAAGACAGUGCGUGCGUGGUAACAGUAGGAGCCCUAACUGGAAUUGUCCUGUGCUUGCAAUCGCGCUGCUUGUGAUGAUUUAUGUUCCCUGUUUAUAAAACAUUAAAAUUAAUCACUGUGAA